GGCAGUGCAGGGCCGAGGAGGGUCCCUUAAGCCCCAGCCCAGCUCUGUCUCACGAGGCUCCUCAUCUCCCAGCAGCUGAGACCCCAGAGGUGCCACAACCUCUCAUCCGGGAAGUCCUGGAGCAGGAGACGGUGACUGGUUCUGGGGCCCAGGGACGGACCAUCCCCAUCCGGGUGGAGGGUGCUGCCUGGCCAGGGGCAGGUGCCGGGCACAUGCUCUGGGAUGUCCACAGCCAUGUAGUCACAGAGACCACACAAAGGACCUAUGUGUACCAGCCCGUCGACACCAGUGCUACAAGUUCAAGGCCCCCAACCAUGCAGGUGACCAUUGAAGAUGUGCAGGUCCAGGCGGGUGGUACGGCACAGUUUGAGGCUGUCAUUGAGGGGCACCCACAGCCCACUGUGACAUGGUACAAGGACGGUGUCCAACUGGAGGACAGUGCCCGACUGAGCCAGCAGAAGGAUGGCACCACUCACUGCCUGCUACUGAAGGAUGUGGUCCAGCAAGAUGCAGGUGUCUACACCUGUCUCGCACACAAUGCUGCUGGCCAGGUGCUCUGCAAGGCGGAGCUGCUGGUCCAUGGGGGAGACAGUGAGCCAGAUUCAGAAGAGCAGAGCCGUCGGAGGAAGCUGCACUCCUUCUACGAGGUCAAGGAGGAGAUUGGCAGAGGCGUGUUUGGCUUUGUGAAAAGGGUACAGCACAAAGGAAAUAAGGUAUUCUGUGCUGCCAAGUUCAUCCCCCUGCGGAGCAGAACUCGGGCCCAGGCGUACCAGGAGCGAGAUAUCCUGGCCACGCUCAGCCACCCGCUGGUCACUGGGCUGCUGGACCAGUUUGAGACCCGGAAGACCCUCAUCCUCAUUUUGGAACUGUGCUCAUCGGAGGAGCUGCUGGAUCGCCUCUUCAAGAAGAGCGUGGUGACAGAAGCCGAGGUCAAGGUCUACCUCCAGCAGUUGGUGGAGGGACUGCACUAUCUGCACAGCCACGGGGUCCUCCACCUGGACAUAAAGCCCCCCAAUAUCCUGAUGGUGCAUCCUGCUCGGGAAGACAUUAAAAUCUGCGACUUUGGCUUUGCCCAAAAAAUCACCCCUUCAGAGCCACAGUACAGCAAGUACGGCUCUCCAGAGUUCGUGUCCCCCGAGAUCAUUGAGCAGACCCCUGUAAGCGAGGCUUCUGACAUCUGGGCCAUGGGGGUCAUCUCUUACCUCAGCCUGACCUGCUCCUCCCCGUUUGCGGGAGAGAGUGACCGUGCCACCCUGCUGAACGUGCUGGAGGGGCGGGUGUCCUGGAGCAGCCCCAUGGCUGCCCACCUCAGUGAGGACGCCAAGGACUUCCUCAAGGCCACGCUGCAGAGGGCCCCAGGGGCCCGGCCCAGUGCCUCCCAGUGCCUCACCCACCCCUGGUUCCUGAAAUCCAUGCCUGCGGAGGAGGCCCACUUCAUAAACACCAAGCAGCUCAAGUUCCUCCUGGCCAGGAGCCGCUGGCAGCGCUCCCUGAUGAGCUACAAGUCCAUCCUGGUGAUGCGCUCCAUCCCAGAGCUGCUGCGGGGCCCACCCGACAGCCCCUCCCUGGGAGUGGCCCGGCACCUGCGGGCAGAAGCCAGCGGCUCCUCCAGCUCCUCCUCCUCGGACAAUGAGCUCGCUCCGUUUGCCAGGGCCAAGUCACUGCCAUCCUCGCCCGUGACCCAUUCCCCGCUGCUGCACCCACGGGGCUUCCUGCGGCCCUCUGCCAGCCUGCCGGAGGAGGCAGAGGCCCCACCAGCCUCACAGCAAAGCACAGGGCCCCUGGCAGCCCCCGGCUGCGUCCCCCGGCACAGCGUCAUCAGCAGCCUGUUCUACCAGCAGGCAGGCGAGGGCCCUGAGCAAGGCGCCCUGGCCCCUGGAGGCCGCCGACACGCGGCCCGGAGGCGGCACCUGCUCAAGGGUGGGUACUUCGCCAGGGCCCUGCCUGGUCUGCGUGAGCCGCUGAUGGAGCACCGCGUGCUGGAGGAGGAGGCUGCCAGGGAGGAGCAGGCCGCGCUGAUAACCAAGACACCCUCCUUUGAGACGGCCCUGCGCCUGCCCAGCGCCAGUGCCCCUGAGACCCCCGGCCGUAGCCACUCGCUGGACCAAGACCCUCCAAGUGCCAUCAGCCCCUUGAGUGAGGCCUGCAGUGAAGGACAGUGUCCUCCCACAGCCUCUACAGGGGAGGCUGGUGGAGAGAGAGACCAGAAGCCCCUGAAAGGGCCCAGUCUGUCUCCAUCACCUGCUAGAGACUCAGGGCCUGCUCAGCAAGCGGGGUCGUCCAGGCUGGGGCAGGAGGCUCCUUAUUGUCACCCUGAGCAGGGUUCUGCCCCCCAAAAGGGCUGUGGCCCACUGUCACCACAAACUCAUGGCUCUUUGCCUCCAGGGUCUGUCAAGGAGAUACUUCUGGAGCCCCCCUGCCCCGCCCAAACAAGCUCCCUGCCAGGCUCUAAGAAGGAGCCUGGCAGCAUCUCUCGACCUGGGGGGCCUUGGACCAGCUCCUCCAGCUCCCUGGAACCAACCUGCCCCACAGGCAUGGAGUCCAGCCCUUCCCUGGACACUGGCAGCCUGUCCCAGGAGUGUCUCCUUAAGUGUCCCCAGAAUUACCAAUGACAGGUACUUGGGAUUCCAAAAAAGUCAAGAUUGCGUUUUUUUCUCCUAGGGACAAUUGGGUCAGUUCAUCUGAUAUUAAGUGUAUUACACUUUAAUAAAAUUUGCCAUUUGGAAUUCUGAUAGGUGAAUCUUGGGGUUUCCACUUGGAACGAGAGUGAACCAGUUAAAAUAGAUAAAUUUUAACAAAACAAAGUCCACCAAAAUCAGGAUCUAAUUGAACUGGGAUUUCAAAAGGUUUUGGUAAAGGGUUUGUUUGCUAGACCUGUUCUCAAUACUUGAAAAGAACCAAGUUGUUGGUCUUAAAGGAUGUGUAAACAUUUUUAAGGUUUAUUCAUGAAUGGGUAAAAGGAAUUAAGUUUUAUUUUAAAUCUGAGUUGGUCAAACGUUGAAGAUUCACUUUUGCUUAAGUCAGAACAAAAUUUGUACACUGAAUUAGGUUUCUGAGUUUAGCAUAUUUAAAUUUACAUUUUAAUAAACAGCAAAUUAAAACUGCUAGUGACAGAUAAAGUAGCACUUGUGUGGACUUUUUGGAAGAUUACUUCAUUAUCUCCACUUUUUAUUAAAAAGGAGGACUGGAAAGCUCCAAGCAAAUUGGACAGAAAUGGCCAUUCUAAUAGCACCUACCUAAUAGAGGGGACUAGGUGAGCUCUGUCAUGAUCUAUCAGGAUCCCUUGAAUGAUGCGUGCCACAAAAAUCAAAGCUCAAUAAAUGGUACCUUUUUUUCCUUGUUAUUACCUGUACUGUUUCUGUUAAUUUUAUUAUAACAAUAAAUACAAGCCAGCAAUGCAA